UCCAAUUUCAACCUCGGUUAUUGACCUUCUUUUCCAAGCAAUUUAUUCAAUAAACCCUCACAAUUUUCUUUGAGAUUGUUGGAAAACCAGACACCCCCACAUGUUUCUUACCCUCCAGAAACACAUGCAAUCAGUUGUUUCAAAGUCAACCUUAAAAGUAUGGUCUUGUUUGGUGUGCCAUGAGUCGUUAUUUCCUGACCAGUUUCCAGUUUAAAUGAAGUAUAUAUAGAGAUGGUUUUUGUAGCUAUAUUUGAAGAUUUGUUGUUUUGAAAUUAAUGCAUUCUGUAUGUAACAGUGGUUCGAUCGUUGGUUUUUAUAAGGUAAGUGGUGAUAAUAAUUCUGGUCGGAAAACGGGUAACUGUAACGGGAGAAAAGCGUUGGUGAAAGUGACACAUCGGAGUAGAGUUAUGGGUUCAGUGCCGGUUAAAGUGUUGGGUCAACCGAAGGUUGUUAGGGGGGAUCAUGGUUAUGUUCUUGAAGAUGUUCCUCAUUUGACUGAUUAUAUCUCUGAUCUUCCGACUUAUCCUAAUCCACUGCAAGAUCAUCCUGCAUACGCAGUUGUUAAGCAGUAUUUCGUUGAUACGGAUGACACUAUUGCUCAAAAGAUUGUUGUUCAUGCUAAUGGUCCUAGAGGCACCCAUUUUCGACGAGCAGGACCACGUCAAAAGGUGUAUUUCAAAUCAGACGACGUUCACGCUUGUAUUGUGACAUGUGGGGGCCUAUGCCCCGGUCUCAACACUGUGAUUAGAGAAAUCGUUGGUAGUUUACACGAUAUGUAUGGCGUUACAAGAAUCGAAGGGAUUGAAGGAGGUUACCGAGGUUUUUACUCACGAAAUACAAUAUCAUUAACACCUAAAGUGGUUAACGGUAUUCAUAAACGAGGUGGCACCAUAAUCGGGACUUCACGAGGUGGUUAUGAUAACAAAAAGAUAGUCAAUAGUAUUGAAGAUCGCGGAAUCAAUCAGGUGUAUAUAAUAGGAGGUGACGGAACACAAAAGGGGGCGUCCGCUAUCUAUGAGGAAGUUAGAAGGCGGGGUCUUAACGUUGCAGUUGUCGGGAUUCCAAAAACUAUAGAUAAUGACAUUCCGGUUAUCGAUCAAUCAUUCGGCUUUGAUACUGCUGUCGAGGAGGCUCAACGUGCUAUUAAUGCAGCACAUGUUGAGGCAGAGAGUAACGAGAACUGUAUCGGCCUUGUGAAGUUAAUGGGACGAAAUAGUGGGUUUAUUGCAAUGCAUGCAACACUAGCAAGCCGAGAUGUUGAUUGUUGUUUGAUUCCCGAGUCAUCUUUCUAUCUUGAAGGACCCGGAGGUCUUUUCGAAUAUAUAGAAAAAAGAAUCAAAGAAAACGGGCAUAUGGUAAUCGUUGUAGCAGAAGGUGCGGGCCAGGAUCUUGUUGCCGAGAGCUUACGAACUAAUGAUGACAAGGAUGCCUCUGGAAACAAGCUCUUAAAUGAUGUUGGUUUGUGGUUAUCUCAAAAAAUCAAGGGUCAUUUCAAGAAACAAACAGAAAUGGAGAUCAACCUUAAAUACAUAGAUCCUACGUACAUGAUUCGAGCUGUUCCAAGUAAUGCAUCGGAUAAUGUUUACUGCACUCUUCUGGCUCAAAGUGCGGUUCACGGAGCUAUGGCUGGCUACACUGGCUUCACUGUUGGCCCGGUCCAUGGUCGAGAAUGUUACCUACCGUUUUACAGAAUAACUGAGAAACAAAACAAGGUUGUAAUUACUGAUAGGAUGUGGGCAAGAAUGUUAUCUUCAACGAAUCAACCGAGUUUUUUGAAUACGAAAGAUAUCAUUGAGUCAGACAUGGAUGAAGCACCACCAACUCAGUUGCUAGAUGACCGGGUGGUGGAUAACGGGUUUGUGACCAAGGAAACUACUGUUUGCUGAUUGUGGUCGCGCGGAUACACUCUUUUUUUUUCAAGUUACAAGAAUUGAAUAAAAGUCUUGGAUCACUCAUGUGUAUAUAUAUAUACGGUAAUGGUUGGUAUAUGAGGGCUGUCGGUUUAGAUUUUCGUGAUCUGUGAAGGCGGAGAUGCGUUUUUUCAGUUGUAUGUGCAAGAUUUGUGGUUGAAUAAGAGAAUCAUUUAGUGGUUUAAAGUUUAGACUUUAAGCUUUAUCACAUUCUAAUGUAAUGUAAUUUGUUCUAGUAUAUAAUUAAACCCUAUAUUUGUC